AACAACAAGCUCUCCUGGAUUUGCUGGCCCACACGUCGGUCACCGUUCAGGAGCGCAUUGGGGCUGAGGGAAGAGGAAGCCACGUUGACACCCAGGAGCGGUUUAUUGUGUCUGAUUAAGCGCUUCAUUGUGUCGGAAAGAGCGGUAUCACAGUCGUAUCCGUUAAAGGACGUCAGGUGUUAACGGACAUCAAGGACGGGAAGGAUGAGCGUGGGAUUCAUCGGAGCGGGUCAGCUGGCCCACGCGCUGGUGAAGGGAUUCACGGCCGCAGGGGUCAUCGCCACCAACAGGAUCACGGCCUCGUCUCCGGACACCGACCUGCCCACCGUGGCCGGGCUGAGGAAAAUGGGCGUGAACCUGACGACCAGCAACAAGGAGACGGUUGCUAAGAGCGACGUGCUGUUCCUGGCCGUGAAGCCACACAUCAUCCCCUUCGUCCUGGACGAGAUCGGCCCCGACAUCGAGGACCGCCACCUCAUCGUGUCCUGUGCUGCCGGGGUCACCAUCAGCUCUAUAGAGAAGAAGCUCCUUCAGCACCGUGCCGCCCCCAAGGUGAUGCGGUGCAUGACCAACACGCCGGUGGUGGUGAGGGAGGGAGCCACCGUCUACGCUACCGGGACCCACGCCGAGCUGGAGGAUGGGCGUCUCCUAGAGCAGCUGAUGGGCAGCGUUGGGUUCUGCACGGAGGUGGAGGAGGACCUCAUCGACGCCGUCACUGGCCUGAGCGGCAGCGGGCCCGCCUACGCCUUCACCGCCCUGGACGCCCUGGCUGAUGGAGGGGUGAAGAUGGGUCUGCCCAGACGACUGGCCGUCAGACUGGGAGCCCAGGCCCUACUGGGUGCUGCUAAGAUGCUGCUGGACUCGGAGCAGCACCCGGGCCAGCUGAAGGACAACGUGUGCUCCCCAGGGGGCGCCACCAUCCACGCCCUCCACUUCCUGGAGAGCGGAGGGUUCCGCAGCCUUCUCAUCAACGCCGUGGAGGCCUCGUGCAUCCGGACCAGGGAGCUCCAGUUCCUGGCGGACCAGGAGAGCAUCUCCCCAGCGGCCAUCAAGAAGACCACCCUGGACAAGGUGCUGGCCCAGCCCGUCGGGGGGGUCGGGGGGGCGGCCAGACCGGGCCUCAACGUCUUCAACAGCCGCAGCUCCGGGGUCACCAAGAAGUAGAGGAAGGGGGACCCCCGGAGAGGAGGGGCCCACCUCCCCGAGCACAGUGGACAGACUACAGACAUGACAGCAGACACACGGA